AUGGUCCGCGACCUGGACGACAUGACGUUCACGGAGUGGUUCACGGGCCUCGGCGGGUCGCGGGGGUCCAUCGACCGCAUGUGGGACCCCAUCGCCUACGCGCUGGGCUUCAUCGACUGCGACAAGAUCUCCGCGCGGUGCAUGCUCACGAUCUUCAUGCUCUUCGCGAUCCGCACGGAGGCGUCGGUGCUGCGCAUGCUCGACGGGUCGCCGCAGACGUUCCUCCACGACCCCAUCGUCAAGUACCUCGAGGACCGCGGCGCGACGAUCCACCUGCGGACGGCGAUCCGCGACAUCGCGUACGAGACGGGCGCCGACGGCCUGCCGUCGAAGAUCACGGGCCUCCAGGUGCGCAACGAGCUCCGCGAGUUCGACGCCGUGGUCUGCGCCUGCGACCUGCCGGGCGUGAAGAAGGUGCUGCCCAAGCCCUUCCGCCAGUUCCCGGCCUUCGACAACAUCUACGAGCUCGACGCCGUGCCCAUCGCGACCGUCCAGCUGCGCUUCGACGGCUGGGUCACGGAGCUCCGGGACGGCCACAAGAUGCACGACGUGUCCGGCGACCUGAGCGACGGCCGCGCGCCGGGCAUCGACAACCUGCUCUACUCCGCGGACGCGGAGUUCUCCUGCUUCGCGGACCUGGCGCUGACGUCGCCGGGCGAGUACUACAAGGAGGGCGAGGGGUCGCUCAUGCAGGCCGUCAUGGACUCGCGGGCGUACAACAGGCCCGACGACGUCAUCGUCCAGGACACGCUCGACCAGAUGCACAGGCUCUUCCCGUCGUCGCGGGAGCUGAAGUGCACGUGGUCGAACGUCGUCAAGCUCGGCCAGUCGCUCUACCGCGAGAAGCCGGGCCAGGACAAGUUCCGCCCGAGCCAGGCGACGCCCAUCCCCAACUUCUUCCUCGCGGGGUCCUACACCUACCAGGACUACAUCGACUCCAUGGAGGGCGCGACGAAGUCGGGGCUCAUGUGCGCGGACGAGAUCAUCAACGCGGCCGACGCCAUCAAGCGCGAGGCGGCGACGAACGUGGGCCUGCCCGAGGGCAAGGUCAUCAACAAGAACUUCCGCGAGCCCCUCGACAUGACCGCGGCGACCGCGGCCGUCGCCUUCGUCGACGACGGCUCCUUCGACGCGAACGAGAACACGGACAUGGCCAUGCGCCCGGACGACGGCGCGUGGAGCGGCGGCUACAUUCAGGGGCUUGUUAAGGGGGGCGGGGGAGCGGGCGAGGAGCGUUCGGAGGCGUCCCGACGACCGCGGCCGGGCACCAUGAACAGCGAGUACGACUACCUGUUCAAGCUGCUGCUCAUCGGCGACUCCGGCGUGGGCAAGUCGUGCUUGCUGCUCCGCUUUGCCGACGACACCUACACCGAGUCCUACAUCUCGACCAUCGGCGAGCGGUUCCGGACGAUCACGUCGUCGUACUACCGCGGCGCGCACGGCAUCAUCGUCGUCUUCGACGUCACGGACCAGGAGUCGUUCAUGAACGUGAAGCAGUGGCUCCACGAGAUCGACCGGUACGCCUGCCAGAACGUGAAGAAGCUCCUCGUGGGCAACAAGUGCGACCUCGCGUCGAAGCGGGCCGUGCCGACCGAGCAGGCGCAGGAGUUCGCGGACUCCCUGGGCAUCCAGUACCUCGAGACGUCGGCCAAGAACUCGACCAACGUCGAGAAGGCCUUCACGACCAUGGCCGGCCAGAUCAGAAAGUGGAUGCAGACGCAGCCGACGCCCGCGGCCCAGACGAAGGUCAACAUCUCCAAGGGCCAGCAGAUCGACACCAAGGGCGGCGGCGGCUGCUGCUAGGCGGCGCGCGCGCCCCCGCCCGCCCCGCCCCACCCCCGCCGCGGCCCCGAACUCACGAAAAAAACGGCGGACGGCCGGCCGGCGCCGCGCCGCCGGCCGCCGGCCGCCACCACCCACGUCCUCGCCCCCUCUCAUCACCCUUGUAAAUCCGAGCUCACU